AUGACAGAAGAUCAAGAUCUCAUGGCUAAGAUUAGCCAGCUUGCUGGCCAGAUCAACCGACACAAAAACCAACACACGGAGUCCCCUUACACCAGCGAAAUUCCCGCCGGCCAAUAUGCAUCACGGCAUGUGCCAUCGCGGGGACGAGGCUGGGCGCCGUAUCGCGGCCGACAAUACCACCCCCGCGGCGGCCGCCCUGUCGCUGCCCCCCACCGCCACCGCACGCUCAUCCUCAACAACACCACCACGGCUUCGGGAACCCCCGGCUCGACGCCUUCUGCGGGAGUCGGGACGGAUACUGAAGGGGAAGCCAGCGGCACCAACAACAACAACAACAAAUGGGUGGCAAAGCGCGACCGGCAUAUGCAGUUGAUCAACUCGGCCAUUUACGACAAGGAGGCUCAGUCGCGCGCCAAGGCGAUGGAGGCGAGCCGCAAGGCAAAGUCGCAGAAGAAGGCCCAGAUCGAGCAGGCCAGAGUGCUACGGUAUGCGCAGGGCCAUGGUCGGAUGUAUCAACCGUCGGGGUUCGGCGCCCCGCCGCAGGUUGCUACUACUGCUACCGCCGUUGCCGCGGGUGAGCCGGGUGCUGAAUACCAAGUUCUGGUCAACGAGGUGCCCUUCCGAGUUGCGCGCGGCGGAAGUAAAUUGAUCAGAGUGUCUGAUGAUCCGAAUACGGCCAACAACACGCCCAAGAGAGUCACGAUCGCCGGGGUGGUCUUUGUGCGCAGCAAGAAUGGUAACCUGCAUCGGCUGGGUGCCGUUACGUCGAAAAGAAAGCCGAUGGCGGUUAAAAAGAAGGACGCUCUAUGCCAGCGAUUUACUACGACGGGUACCGACACUUUCCCCACGAUAGGCUUUCGGUCGCCUAUUAUCCCUUUGACCCCUUCCUUUUACCGCAGUUGCUACAAAGGACCUUUGUGUCCCUACACGCACGAUCCCCACAAAGUCGCCAUUUGCAAGGAUUUCCUCCAGACUGGUAAAUGCAGCUCAGGUAUGAGUUGUGAUCUCUCCCAUGAGCCUUCGCCCCAUCGAUCCCCUGCAUGUGUGCAUUUUCUUCGCGGGCGCUGCGCGAACCCCGAGUGUCGCUACGCCCAUGUUCGGGUGACACCUGGCGCUCCUGUGUGCAGAGACUUUGCCAUCCUAGGGUACUGCGAGAAAGGCGCCGCGUGCGACCAACGACACGUGCACGAGUGUCCCGACUACGCCAACACGGGCGUGUGCCACAAGAAAAACUGCCGCUUGCCCCAUGUCGACCGCGCCGGGCAGAUCAGGAAGAAUGCCGCCACCAAGACUGAGGGCGACGAUGACGACGAGGAGUCGGACGCCUCCAGCGAUGACGAAGAAUACGACGCAAUCGACUCGGAUGACGUCGACUCGGACGAUCUGGACGAUGAUGAGCCGGAGCUCAUCGCUGCCGCCGGGGAUGACAUCGGUGACCUCGCGCGGCAGCAGGACUUUGUCCCCCUCUAA